CGAAGGGCAAAGAGGAAGGGAGGAAAGGGCAGCUGCGGAGGCUUCGUUGGCCCCUGGCGGGCAUGCGCGGGGUUCGUUCGCGCAGGCGCUGUGGGCCGACAACAAAGAGGGACUGAGGCGGCGGCGGCGGCGGCGCCUCUCGCUCCCCGAUGGCUGCCGCGUUCCUGGUGGCGCUGUACGAAUACUCGCCCCUCUUCUACAUCUCCGUCGUCUUCAUCUGCUUCCUGGUCACCAGCGGCCUGGUCAUGGGCUGGUUUGGGUGGGACGUUCCCGUGAUUCUGAGAAAUUCAGACGAAGCUGAAUCGACUGUGAAAGUGUCCCAGAAACAGAUGCGGCAAGUGAAAAACCCAUUCAGCUUGGAAAUAAAAAACCUGGAAACUGCUUCAGUUGCAAAUGGCAUAACGCUGGUGCCUGAUUGCCUGGAAGACUGCCUUCUUACGUGCUACUGGGGCUGCAGCGUGCAGAAGAUCCACGAAGCUCUGCAGAAACAUGCUUACUGCUUUCGAAUAAAAACGCCACAGGCCUUUGAGGAGGCAGUGUAUGACGAGUAUCUCUACCGCCAGCAGUAUUGGUAUCCUUUGAUCAGAGUUGCAUAUCUUUGCUUUUGUAGAGUUGCAGAAUGUUGAACAGCUCUGCUUCUAAGCAAAUCAUCUAAAGCAAGUUUCUAGCCCCAAUGGAUCUAGCAAAAAGUUGAGAAAGCCAGGAGAGGAGAUUCCAGAGAAUGGGUGUCUAGUGCCCUUACUGCCCAUCAGUCUUCCUUGUACUUAGUCUAUUUAAAAUCAACAGCCUCAUUAUUUAGAAUAAAGGUAAAGGGACCACUGACCAUUAGGUCCA